AGCCAGAAGCACCCGCUGAGCCAGAAGCACCCGCUGAGCCAGAAGCACCCGCUGAGCCAGAAGCACCAGCUGAGCCAGAAGCACCCGCUGAGCCAAAAGCACCAGCUGAGCCAGAGGAGCCUGCUGAAGCAGUUGUCGAGUCUGCCCCGGUUGAAGAAGCUGCUGCCGCUGAGCCGGAGCCACCAGCCGAACCAGUUGAAGAGCCUGCCCCUGCCCCUGCCGAGCCAGAGCCACCGGUCGAGGCAGAUGUUGAGGCACCAAUGACAGCUGAAACUGAAGACCACACAGCAGAAGUCGCAGUGGCUGCAGUGGCGGCGGCGGCAGUAGCCACGGGAACAGCGGUGGCGGUGGCAGCAGAUGGUGAAAAGACGCGGUCUUUGGAUGCUGAGGAAAGCAAGGAUAGGGUAGGACCAAUUGCCUCUGAUGCGACAGAGGCAGAGAAAUCAGGUGAGAAUUCCCCUCCUUCCUCUAAUCCCGAUUCCCCCGAUGGAGAGGCACGGGAAGGACAGGAUGGCCAAGAUCCCGAGGACGUCGGACCGGAAGCCGUCGCGGAGCCUGCCGAGGACAACGCCCCGGAGCCGGAACCCAUGGAGCCUGUCGAGGAGAACGAGACAGCAAUGCCUGCCGAAGCUACCGAAGGAGACGCCCCGGAAGAGCCAACUGCCGAGGUUCAGGAGAGUCAAGAUGCGGUCGACGAAGAGCCUGAUGUUGAGGAAUCUGCCUUACCACCCUCAGACGAGCUACCAUCUGCCACUGAUGAAGCGUCACCACCAUCUGUCGAGGAUCCUUCUGUUGAAGAGACCGAAUCACCAGAUCAAGACAACGCUGAAGUCGCCGCAGGUGAAACGCCCACUGGGCAGCCUUUGGAGGAGCCAGUUCUCGAAGACACUACUGUCGAGGCUGAGCCCGCUGAGCCAGCACCGGGCGAAUCAGCUCCCGCAGAAGAGGCAGCUCCAGCCGAACCUGCUUCCGACGAGACCAUCUUAACUGAGUCUCCGCCAGAGGAGGCUGUCGCCGAGGAACCUACCCCAGAAGAAGCCUCACCUGAAGAGCCUGUAGCUACAGGAGAAGAAUCGGCCGUGGAGGAGCCGACUCUUGAGGAGGCUCCUCCAUCCGAGACUACUCCCGAGACAACAGCAGAGCCUGAGACUAUCGAAGCUAGCCCUGAAGAAGCUGCUGCACUUGGGGACGCCUCUCCCGAAGAGCCAGAGCAAGUCGAAGAUGCAUCAAUAGAGAUCCAUGUUGCUCCUGAAGAGGUUCCAGCAGAUGCAGCGCCUGAGGAGUCAGCGGCAGAGGAAGCUCAACCAGAAGAGCCAGACCAAACGCCAGAGACUCCAGCCGACUCUGCCCCCGAAGAGGCAAUCUCGGAGGAGCCCACCGCUGAACCCGCCGAUGAACCCGCCACUGAGCCUGCACCAGAAGUCGUAUCCGAAGAGCCCGUCGUGGAGGAUGCCCCUCCUGAAGAUUCGACACCUGAGCCCGCACUAGCAGAGCCUGCCCCCGAGGAGGAGACUCCUGAUGAAGCUGUUCCAGAAACCACACCAGAAAACUCCGCAGCAGCCGAGAUACCUCCUGAGGACGCCGUUUCUGAGGAAGCCGGCUCUGAAGAGGUCGCCCCCGAAAAGCCUGCCCUCGAAGAGCCUGCCUCCGAAGUAGCUGCCCCUGAAAACGUCAUUGCCGAGGCCGAAGAAACCGCUCCAGAGUCUACUCCUGAGGAGCUUGCCCCUGAAGAGCCUACUCCUGAAGCUCCUCUUGAUGAGGUUGUCUCUGAAGAAGUCGCCUCUGAUGAAGCUGUGCCCGAAGAGUCUGCUCCCGAAGAGUCUGCUCCCGAAGAGCCUGCUCCUGAGGCCGCCCAUGCCGCGCCUAUAGAGGCCGAGGACGCACCUGAAGACACACCGGCAGCCUCCGAAGAACUCGCCUCAGAAGCUCCUGUCAAUCCUGAUGACGCUCCUGAAGACGCCCCUGAAGAGGAACCUGCAGAGCCCGACGCAGUUGAAGAAGCAUUUCCAGAGGCGGACGCCAAUGGGCCUGAAGAAGCAGUACAGGCCCCAGAUGACAACGCGGAGCCUGCUGAUAGCGAUGAGUCAAUUGGUCAAGACUCACUCAUUGCUGGAGCCGCCGCCGCUGGUGUUGCUGCUGCAGCUGGCUUGGUUGCUGCCAAUGCUGUCAAAGACUCAGACGACGAUGCUACGGCUAGAGAAGCUCCUAAUUCUGCUGCAGCAGACGCAAUGUCACGUCGCAGCUCAUCAGACAAAUUGACGCAGACUUUGGAUAAUAUUUCGGCGCUGGACACAAUCACCAUGGCGGACCAAAAGAACUCGGAUGUGGAUGCCAUUUUCAGCCCCGUGCAGCGAGACGGAUUCUCGGACUGCGGAACGCAAACCGAUGGCUCAGUAUGGGGCCUCCGGCCCUCGACUCCCGCCGUGGUUCUCCCUGAGUUUUCCAUGUCACUGGCCGCCAAAGAUAGGGCGAGGGCUCUCAGACGGCAGCGCAAAGUCUCCAUCAAGCAAGCGGAAGAACUCAUCGCGGCUGCUGUGGUUAUCUACGCCACAGCCGAAACUCUUCGUCCACCAUUGAGCCCAUCAUCUCAGAGCAGCUCGCAACUCAUCAAGGCAAUGCCCAGCUGGGAGAGAAUGGACAUCAAACCGAAAAAGGCCUUUUUCUGGAGGGUUCUACCAGGCCUUCUUUCCAGACGCAGGAGUACUACCACUACGGGAGCGGAUAAAACUAGAAGGUUUGAUGCUAACUACUUUACAGAGAAGAAGGAAGCAGAGCGCGAGAGGCACCGACGACGACGCCAGUCUUCGACCCACCAUCCUUCAUCAUUCUCGAGCCGUAGCCGAGGCGAAGACGAGAGGAGAGAACACGAGAGCAGAGAACACGAGAGUAGCAGACGCCACUCGCACACAUCACAUCACUCAAGUCGACGACACCGAACUGACAGCGAGCGGUCUCUACGAUCCGGCGAAUCUGUGCCUCGAACUCCGCCAGGUCCUCCAAAGAGACAAGACAGCGGUUUCUCCGAAAGCCCCCAAACUCAUUCUCAGCACCGUCAUCGUAGCGAACGUAGCGAGCGGAGUGCGCGAAGCGAACACAGCGAAAGGACCGAGAGAACUGAGAGAAGUGAGAGAAGCCACCGCCACCGCAGCGAGCGUACGCCUGAAGAGCAGGCUGCCCAUGAUCGACGCAAAGAGGAGAAACGACUCCGAGACAAAGAGCGCGAACGCGAUCCCGAACGUGACAGACCAAAAGAUAGGCACCGCGAGAGAGAGCGCGAGUUCGCGCUCCAACGUGAGAUUGACCGCGAGAAUGAGGAGAAAGCGCGUUCGCGUCGCAAGGGCAAGGAGCCCGAGACCAUUGCCAAACCCGAGGAUACUCCCGAGCGCAGCCAUCACCGCUCUCGCCGCCAUAGCAACUCAGAGCAUCAGCGCCCGCACCGCACCCUCAGCAAGAGAGAAUCCAUGGAGCCCGCGCCAGAGAAACCCCGGCGAUUCUUCAGCGUCAGAGGUGGAGGUACGACUGGACCCAAGGUCCCUCCCCAGGACCACCCGGCGCCAGCCACGCCAAAGGACGACAUGCCAAUGGAUGACAAUGCAGGACGACAGGAGUCUACUCCCACACGCGACACUCCCAAGCGAUCAAGCACAACGCGGGACAAGCAUAGGCACAGAGACAGAUCCGAAGGCGGAGGCGGUGCCAAAUUGCAAAAGGUUCGCGACGAGGUCGCCGAGGAAGCCCGCAGAGAAGCUCGCAGGACUGCUGAGAAGGCCGAACGGGCUGCCGCAAAAGCAGCUGAAAGGGCUGAAAGGGCCGAAAGGCAUGAGAGAACCGAGAGGCCCGAGAGGGCUGAGAGAUCUGAGAGAUCCGAGAGAUCCGAGAGACCUGAGAGGGCUGAGAGGGCUGAUACGGCCGACAAGCCGAGAUCAAAGCACUCGGACGACUCUCGGCGCCGUCUUCGUGAGGAGGGCAGGAGGAGGGAGAAAGAUGACGACAAGGCUAGAGAGAAGGAGAAGGAGAAGUCAAAGGGGAUCAAGGGCGUGUUCAAGCGUCUCUUCAACUAAGGACUUGGGAUGUGUGUGUAAUGAUUCUACGACGAUGAGUGUACGCGGACCAUGUUUUUCACGGGAACGGUAUUAGACUGCCAUGCUUUUUGAGAUUUUUAGUACUAUUUGGGAGGCGUCUAUUGAGAAUGGCUGGAUGGUUUUGUUUGAUGAUCUUCACGAUGGAUUCCAUUCUUGCUAAUGGCUAAUCGCUUCAUGAUUAAUGUACUUGAGAACUGAAUGUCAAAUGUCUGAUGAGUCUUCUUCAAUUGACGCUGGAAAAGAUGC